UAGGUUGAUGCCAGGAUCACACCCAACGAUCCAGGAGACACACGAAGAGAUUUCAAUACACGGUUUGAUUGUUUUACAGGAGCCUACGCUGGACAAGAGUGAGGUGGCAACUCUGGGCCUACCCUCCACCACCAGCCAUGGAGGCUCUGACAGUAACAUCAGUGCAGACGGAGCGGGGGCAGCGUCUGGGAUCAUGGCCGGGGGCGCUGAAGGGUCGGUGGCCGUCGAGCCACAGCGGACACGUGCUGCUCUGGAGCACCUGCAGCAGAAGAUCCUGAGGGUCACCGAGCAGAUCCGUGUGGAGCAGGAGGCGCGCGACGACAACGUUGCAGAGUACCUGAAAUUGGCCCACAACGCAGACAAACAGCAGGCGUCCAGGAUCAAGCAGGUCUUUGAGAAGAAGAACCAGAAGUCAGCACAGACCAUCGCACACUUGCACAAGAAACUAGAGCACUAUCAUAAGAAGCUAAAGGAGAUAGAACAAAAUGGACCAGCCCGGCAGCCUAAGGAUGUCUUUCGGGAUAUGCAGCAAGGAUUAAAGGACGUGGGGGCCAAUGUUCGUGCUGGGAUAAGUGGUUUCGGAGGUGGAGUAGUUGAAGGGGUCAAAGGUGGUGUAUCUGCCCUCACUCACACAGCCGUGGUCUCCAAGCCGAGGGAGUUUGCCAGUCUUAUCAGGAACAAGUUUGGCAGCGCAGACAACAUCGCUCACCUAAAGGACACACUCGAGGACGGAGUUGGGGGCCACUCUGAGCACACCCCCACGCCUCGUGCGCUGAGCGGAAGUGCCACUCUGGUCUCCAGCCCAAAGUACGGCAGCGAUGACGAGUGCUCCAGCGCCACAUCCGGCUCCGGAGCAGGCAGUAAUUCUGGUGGGGUCGGGGGAGGAGUGGGGAUGUUAGGGCCAGCAAUGGGGAGUCCCAGACUGGACGGGCACCACCACCACCACCAUCACAUGCACAGCUCUUGGGACUCUCUAGUCGAGGGCCUACAGGAGAUCAAAGCCGGCCAGGCACACAUGGAGGACGCCAUCGAGGACAUGAAGGGCCAGCUGCAGAGCGACUACUCCUACAUGACACAGUGCCUGCAAGAAGAGAGAUACAGGUAUGAGCGACUUGAAGAGCAGCUGAAUGACCUAACAGAGCUGCACCAGAACGAGAUGUCGAACCUUAAACAGGAGCUCGCCAGCAUGGAGGAAAAAGUGGCCUACCAGUCGUAUGAGAGAGCGAGAGACAUUCAGGAGGCCGUGGAGUCGUGCCUGACCCGCAUCACCAAGCUGGAGCUGCAGCAGCAACAGCAGCAGGUCGUCCAGUUGGAGGGAGUGGAGAACGCCAAUGCUCGAGCUCUGCUGGGCAAACUCAUCAAUGUCAUCCUGGCGCUCAUGGCCGUGCUGCUGGUCUUCGUCUCCACUUUGGCAAACUUCAUCACCCCGCUGAUGAAGACCCGAACCCGGGUGGCCGCCACCGUCCUGCUGACUUUGCUGCUGUUCAUCCUGUGGAAGCACUGGGACUUUGUGGAGCUGUGGCUGCUGCCCAGCUGAGCUCCCUUAGAGAGACUCCAGAGGGGAUCAGAGCAGAGAGUCACAAGCUGGUUUCAACUCAGUCACCACUGCUAAAGGAUUCAGAGACUGAAAUAGAAUGAGAGCUGCUGCACUUGUUCCCUUUGAGUUUAAAGUGGGAGUUUCUGAGGACAAAGCAUGGCACUUUUAGUUGAGGACAGGGUCAGAUCCAGCCUACAGACUGCGUUGAGAGGUGUUUAGAGUGAAGAAAGUCAAAAGACAUCAUCUCAUCUCACCCAAAUCUAUUGCUGUUGAUGACCAACCAACGAUUGCAUCGCUGUCACCAAAAACUGAGUUUCUUGCAAGACAUCUUUGGAUCGUCUUUUCUAACUAUUUAUGAUACAUGAGUUACAAAGGCUAGAGCAACUUAUAAAGACUGUAAAAAGCUGAUCAUGUUUUCUGUAACCUUCAUGUUGAAGCUAUAGUAUAUUUGAGAGGAAAAUGUUUUUUUUGAUGAAUGUUAUGUGCUCAUGCAUGUCCUCAUAUGUGCACUGAGAUGCAUUUAGCUGGCAUGAGUUAACAUUUCAUUAAUGACUAAAUGAAUCUUCUGUAACUGCCGGUUUGUUGUCAGAAAUACAGUGCAGAUAUGUUGUAUCCACUCUCAUUCCCAGUUUGUUUCACGUCCUGGUCUAGUGUUGAAGCUUUUAGAAGCAUUUCAUACUUUUUGUCUUUCUUGAAGUCAAAGGAACAGUUAAAAAAACAACACGACACACAACAACAACAACAACAACGCUGAUAUCGACUAAAAUCCACCAUAAUAAUUCAACCAUGUAAAAUCUGUUCUGUCCAUAACUGUUAUUUCAUAAACAUUAUUGUAGAACUGCUACUAUCCACAGUGUCAAACUAAAUGGCAUGUCAAAGUGUAUCAAAGUUUCUAUCCAGUUUGCA